AUGCAGCUCUUGUCACUCCCUUUUUCUUCAUUGGCGACUCUCACCCUCGCCGUGGCCCCCGUCUUCGGCUUGCCGUAUAUACCGAAGCGGACGCCCUCCGUCCCUGUCAAGCGGGAUCCCUGGCUGGCUCUCGAUACCGACUUCCCAGACCCGGCGUUCUUGAAGGCCAGUAAUGGGAAAUGGUAUGCCUUUGGGACGAUUGGAAACGGCCUGCGCAUGCAGGUUGCCGAGUCAGACAACUUCUCGAACUGGACCUCCCUCAAUAAGAGCCCGAUGCCCAAGGUGGCUGAAUGGGAGCAGCCCAACACCAUCCUGGCCAUGGCGCCGGAUGUUAUUCAGCGGGCCGACGGAAAAUACGUGAUGUACUACUCCAGUCCAACCAAGCGCGACGAAAACCGCCAAUGCGUCGGCACCGGCAUCGCCAACGACCCCUCAGGGCCCUACGAGCCCAGCGACGAGCCCUUCGCCUGUCCCUUCGACCAAGGCGGCGCAAUCGACGCCUCGGGCUUCCAAGACAUCGACGGCACGCGCUACGUGACCUACAAAGUAAACGGCAACACAAUCGGCAAGGGCGAAUGCGGGAACAGCAUCCCGCCACUGAAGCCCACCCCGCUGAUGCUGCAGAAGGUGCGCGAGGACGGCAUCACGCCCGUUGGCAAGCCCAUCCAGAUGAUCGACCGCGCCACCAGCGACAACGAUGGCCCGCUCGUCGAGGCCCCCUAUAUCUUCCACCAUGCUGGCACCUACUUCCUCUUCUACUCUACCCACUGCUACAACUCCGACCAGUAUGACCUGCGCUAUGCUACUGCUGCCAAUGUUACUGGGCCCUGGCAGAAGGAUAAUGCCCAGCUACUUAAGCCGGGCCAGUACGGUCUCAAGUCGCCUGGUGGUGCCUCGCUGCGCAGUCUCUCGAAAACUUUGCUUGGUGACGGCUCGCUUUUCCCUGAUGGCAUGCUCUUCCAUGGCUGGUGCCAUGAUAAGACGGAGCGCUGCAUGUAUGCCGCCAAGGUCCGCUUCUUCGGCAACAGGGUUGUCGUUGUCUAG